AUGCACAAGAUGGUGUCGGGACGAGGCAUAUAUGGCCGUUCUGACGGGAGAAGGAGGGGCGUGGUGCAAUCGAGAGACGGAACGAGGGAAAGGACCAAGUCAGACAAACCGAGCCCGCGGGAUGGCAUGGAUCCACGAGAAGGCAGAAGGGGGGGGGGGUCGGUACAGUGGCUGAGACAGACCUCCUACGAGUACGAGUACGCAAAACGGGAGGAUGGGGGUCAGGGCGGCCGACAGGAAGACGAUCGGGUCCAGUGCCAGUCUUCCCGGCCGUUUCGACUGCUACCCAACGCCACUGCUCGCGUCUGUACGAGUGCCUCUGCGACGAUCCUGGGCACGACGUCUCGGGCUGUGCUGAGCAGCAGCUGCGUCCACUCGGGCCUCUCGGCAGAUGCCUGCUGA